AUGUUUGUCAGGAAACUGGCGAAGGUCUGUGGUUACUCCAGACCGUCCAGCUUCCUGGUGAAGGUCACUGAUUACUUCGGACCCUCCAGUUCCAUGGUAAAGGUCGGUGGUUACUCCGGACCCUCCAGUUUACUGGUGAAGGUCAGUGGUGUAUUCCGUCAACUAGAUGUAGUCCUCGUGCUAGACCUUUCCAGCCUGGCAGAUAGCCACCUGGACAUCUAUAAGAGCAGCCUAAAGCGGUUUAUCUCAGAGUCGGCCGUGGAAGACAUCGGACACCAAUUUUCCCUUGUUUCUUACGGCGCUCAAGUAGACAUCGCUCUUAAUCUGACGGAUGGCGUUACGACGACCAGGUGUCUCCAGGCUGUGGAUGACCUCCUGCCUCUCCCUGGUGGUAGGAACACUCAUUUGGCCCUGGCGGCACUCAGGGAGACAAUCUUCCUUCCAGAAUCAGGUGACAGGGAGGGGGCGAUUAACGUUGUCAUCCUGAUCACGUCAGGCCCCUCUUUCCUCCCUUUCCGCACCCUGACAGAGGCUAAUCUCCUCAAAGAGAGCGGGGUUACCGUGUUCUCUCUGGGUGUCGGCCGUUGGGUCAAGGACGCCGAGGUCCAGUUUCUGGCCAGCAAACCUGCCUCUUACUAUUCCAAGAGGAUUCCGACGGUCAGCGAACUUGGGGAAACACUGUCUGCAAUUGUGACCGACCAGUGCACGAUUGACUUCAAGCCAAAGGUGAUAGAAUGUGCCCCUCUGUUUGACAUUGCCUUCAUCAUGGACGCCUCGUCUACUAUGUCAGCAGAGGAUUUUCGUCUGCAGAGGGAGUUCGUGGACAACCUAGUAAGCAGCUUUGAUAUAUCACCACAAACCACCAGAGCAGCUCUGGUCGCCUUCAACAACGACAGUCGGAUUAUAUUCAAUAUGGCAACGUACUCGUCCUAUUCUCCAAUAAAGAAAGCUAUCUUCGCCGUCGACCAGACAGGGGCUGGUAGAGUUCUUGACAAAUCCAUGCGGUUCUGCAGAAAUUUCGUGUUCAGACACCGUCGCCUGGACUCCUCCCAAGUCCCCGUUCCCCAGGUGUUAAUCAUUAUAACAGGUGGUAAAUCCCGUUAUCCACAGAGAGUUUUGGAGGAAGCGAACCUGCUGAAAGAAGAUGGAGUUACGAUCUUCACGAUCAGUGUGAGCAAUCAGAAACAGACUCUGAUGUCACGGAUAGCCAGCCAGCCUGCCACAAGAUACAACUUCAAUCUGCUGCAGUUUUCACAGCUCUAUAUGGUGUACUCUGACAUGGUGAACACUACUUGUAAAGAGUAUGGCACGAAACUUCCUGAGGAAGAAUGUCAUGGUCUGGCAGACAUCAUGUUCUUCUAUGAUGUUCCGCAAACAGACGAGGACCUGGGGAUUCUCCGUUCUUACAUGGAGACCAUAGUUCGGUAUCUGGAGAUCGCCGAAAACGCCACUAGAGUGGCGCUGACGGCUCUACAUCACGGAGGUUUAAGCCCUAUCACGACAUUAGAACAAAAUCUGAAUCAGAGUGAGAUCUUUCAGGCUCUUCUGCUCAUGCGCACUCCUGUUUCUACGGAGAAGACAACCGGACACUUCCUGCCUAACAGAUCCAUCAAGUGGAGAGAUGACGUCAUUAAAAUCGUUGUGCUGUUUCGCUUCGGUUUGAACCACAGCAUCUGGCGUGACCUAUCCCGGUUCGUCACAGCGUCAUACCGACAGGAUAUUCUCCGGUUUGUGAUCAACGUGGGUAAUAUCUCAGCCGAUAUCAGCAACAGGCUGGCCAGCGAGCCAAAAGCCAGUCACGUGGUCUAUGCGCCAUACAUGGACACACUGAUGACAACAGCUCCCUACCUACUGCAGAGAAUCUGUGACGGGUUUGGUUGUCAGACGCUGGUACCCAGUGGAGGAGCCAACGGCAAGGAGAAGGCAGCGGCGCUACGCAGACAACGAAAUAGCGAGACGAUGCGGUGUUUGAUGUACCUAUUGGCGGUUAUGGCGCUGGCUUGCCAGGCAGAUAGGACUUUCGACAUCGAUGCUAAGAUCAGAGAAAUAAUGAAUCAUUGCGGCAAUUUAGCGGAUGUUGCAUUCAUAUUGGAUGCGUCAAGCUCUAUUAAACCUGAUGACUAUGAAACAAUGAAAGAUUUUAUCAAGAACAUGAUCAAAUCAUUCGAAGUCAGCCAAGACCGGAUACGAAUUGCCAUUAUUUCUUUCAACCAGUUCGUCAGCGUUGACUUGUACCUUGACCAGGCCACAGAUGGGGAAAAAGCUAUCGCUCAAGUUGACGAGAUAUUGGCCACGAAUACUGGCACCAACACCCACAAGGCCCUUCAUGCGGCUAGAACCAUGGUGUUUCAGCCGUCAGUAGGAGACCGCCCCACAGCACCAAACAUCGCCAUUGUCCUGACCGACGGCCAGUCCACACACGAAGAGGAAACCAGACAAGAGGCCAAGAAGCUCAAGAAUCACGAUGUUACGGUUUUCUCUAUUGGUGUGGGGAAAUGGCUGAGUGACCAGGAGCUUCAGGUUGUAGCAUCUAGGCCCACUUCAAUCUUCUCUUACCGGAUCGACUCCUUUGGCGGGCUGGACACGAUCAGAGAAAGUCUGAAAAAGAAGACUUGUAUAUCUCCGCCGCGUAUGCCAGAUUGCGACCCAGUGAAACUAGAUAUCGCCUUCAUACUAGAUGCCUCAAGCAGCAUUUCGAGUGAAGAUUUUCAGAAAAUGAAGGAAUUUGUGGAUAGUUUCAUCAGCAGUUUUGAAAUCUUCCCGUCCUCAACCCGCAUCGCCUUGAUAGCCUUUGACCUAUACAGCCGUCUGGAAUUCAACCUUAACGACUACGACUCGUACAACCCGAUAAAGAAUGCCAUCUAUGAAGUGGAUCAACGGCGUACAGGAACGGCCACUCACAAGGCCUUGGAGAUGGCAAGAACGGAGGUGUUCUCGCUGAAACGUGAAGAUGGCAAAGCGAAGAAAAUCGCUGUGGUGCUGACAGACGGUAAGUCUCGAGAGCCGGAUCUGACAGAGGUCGAGGCCGCCAACCUGAAGGAUGCCAAGGUCAUAGUGUUCGCUGUCGGGGUAGGGAAGAGUCGGAUCUCUGAGCUGGAGAAAGUAGCCUCUAAACCAAAUCCUCCAUUCAACAUCCAUGUGACGGAGUUCGACCAACUACAAGAGAUCUUCCCUGACAUGGUGGCAGAAACAUGCAAAGACAAACCAGAUCAAGGCCCAGUGGACUGUGAUGGUACGGCUGAUCUAAUGUUCCUUGUGGAAAUACCGAGCGAGGACGCGGACUACGAACUGGUGCAGAAGUACAUGGAGCAGCUGAUAGAUGAUCUGGACAUUGGACAGGGUCAGCUCAGAGUGGCAGUUACUCUGUUUGCCAAGAAGCCAUUCCCAGUAGUGACCCUUCCAGAGGAAGCCUCCAAACCAGAGAUCCUGGCGUCUCUCCGUGACUUCGAGCUCCCGUCCAAGAGACGGGCGGAUUUGGCGAACGGUUUCAGCGUUUUGGAAGUCAUGGCGGAUCUCGGAUGGCGGAGGAAAAUGUCACGAAUAGUGGUGAGCAUGUUCAUCGACAGCCCGGACAAAAGUUUACAGCCAGACGUUCUCAGCAUAUUUCAAGACAUAAAGAAGAGGAAUCUGGAGUCCAUCGUCGUGAACAUAGGAAAACCGUGGGAGGAAGGCGCUAAGACUUUGGCCAGCGACAAAGAGGAUAUCAUAUUUGUGCCUCGUUUUGAUGCCCUGUCCAACACGCUUGACCGAGUGAAAGCCCGCAUCUGUGACGCGUGCGGUUUCCGUGGUGACAUAGUUUUCCUAAUAGAUGCGUCCAGCAGUAUAACCCAAGGGGAAUAUGACACGGCUAAAGGAUUUGUUAAGCAACUGAUGUCUGGUUUUAACAUAUCCGAUGACCAGAUCCGUGUGGGUCUGGUUGUCUUUAACCAGUUUGUUAACAUCACCUACCACUUGAACAAGAUCACUGAGCCUGGGCAGACAGGCACGUCUCUUCGCGAUCUCGUGGACACUGUGGCUCCCAUUCAAGUAGGCACCUUCACACAUAAAGCCCUCAAGGCCGUUCGAGAAGAGAUGUUAACGCCCGACAACGGAGAUCGACCGGAUGUGCCAAACAUUGUGAUCGUUCUAACCGACGGGCAGAGCCGGAAGCCGGAAGAAACCGUGACGGAGGCGGCCAUGUUGAGGGAAGCUGGAACCCUCAUGUUUGCCAUCUCCGUGGGAAGAUGGAGGAGCGACACGGAGCUCCAGGUGCUAGCCUCCAAACCCGCAUCGCAGUAUACAUUUGCCGUGGAAACGUUUGAUGGACUGGAAACAAUCAGAUCAGCUCUCAGCGAAAAAACUUGCCAAGUUCUGGAAAAGCCUCCGAAGUUGAUCACAGAAUGCUUUACCAAAGCUGAUAUUCUGUUUGUUAUUGACGGUUCCAAAAGUAUUUCCCCACAGAACUUCGAGACAGCGAAAACCUUUGUCGCGAAGAUGCUGGAUAGCUACAUCAUCUCUCCCGAAUAUGUUCGUGUGGCCGUCAUGACGUUUGACCAGAAGGUUAGACACGGCUUCUACUUUAACACCUACGAGAUACUUGAUGAUGUAAAGAACGCAGUGCAAACUCUGGAACAGUAUCAGGUGGGCACGUUCACGCACAAAGCCCUGGAGGCGGCCCGCAAAGACUACUUCAAUCCAAUCAACGGUGAGAGAGAAGACGCUCCCAACAUCAUCAUCCUAUUAACCGAUGGACGUUCCCGAAAACCAGAGAAAACCCUUCAGCAAGCUGACAUUACGAAGAGCUUCGACAUCACACUAAUGACAAUUGGCAUUGGCAACUCGAAGAUAGAAGAGCUGGAAUCCAUUGCCACUGUAGACGGUGAACCCUUGACCUUUUCUGUGCAUGAGUUCGACCAGCUGGUUGGCAUUACAAGUGGCCUUGUGGAGCAGACGUGCAAAGUGAAAAAAGUGGAAAUCCAAGAGUGCAGCUUCAUGAUGGAUUUUAUGUUCGUCCUGGACCUGUCCAGCAGCGUAGGAGAGGACAAAUCCAAGGUGCAAGACUUCGUAUCCAAAAUGGCCGAUGGUUAUGAGAUUAGCGACACUGCUGGUAGAAUCGGCUUCAUCACCUUCAACUCGAAGCCAUACCUGGAUCUGAAACUGUCCGAGGGGAUCACAAAGGAAGCUAUAAAGACCCGGAUUGACGAAAUGAGAGAGCCUGGUGUUGGCACGAUGACAUGGAAGGCCCUGGAUAUGCUUCGUGAGCAGGCGUACACAGCCGAGAAUGGCGCUCGGCCGGGCGCGUACAAAGUGGCCAUCAUCCUUAGCGACGGCAAGUCACGUAACGUGACCAAAACCAUCGAGGCGGCCAAGCUGGUGCGCGCUGCUGACAUCACCACCUUCGUGGUCACCGUGGGGAAGUAUAAAGACGAGGAAAUCAAGGCCAUUGCCUCGGAGCCGGCAGACUUCUUCACAUUCAGUGUCGAGGCAUUCGACCAACUGUUCAGCCUUUUACAAGUGAUCAAAAAGAGAUCAUGCGAAAAGGCCAGCGCCCAUAACCAGCCUCAGAAGAGACUUCUACUCGAUCUUGAAGCGCUUGUGAAGAAAUUGGAAGACAAGAGAGGCUUUCUUUAA